AUGAAUUUCGUCAACAAAGCCAAAGAUGCCAUCCAGGGUAACUCAGGAAACACUGGCACGACUAGCAACACCACCACCAACACUGCUGCUGGCGGAGCUGGCGGAAAAGAGGAUUAUGGUGACAAGGGACUCGACUUCAUUGAGAAGAAGACUGGCCACACUCUGACACGAGAACAGAACGAGAAGAUCACUGAUGGUGCUCGUGGAUUGUAUGAGAAGCAAACUGGAUCUGCCGUCAACUCCAAGUUCUCCAACUAG